UCGGUCGUCUGCCGAGUUUAAAUUAUUUUUCUGUCUUGUGUAUAAAUUUAAUCCCAAAGUAAAUUAAUAAUUAAUUUAUAGACAAAAAAUGGAAAGCUACUUAAGCGUUGAAUCUAAAAAACUCGUUUACGAGGUGUUGUAUGCCGUAAAAUCCGAUUACGAUGACGAUUUUAAAUGGCGAUCUGCAGAGAGACUUCGCGAUCAUCUGGUAAAAGAGGGAAGUUUGAAAUAUUCUUGUACUCUUCCGUUGCAGGAUAUAUUAUGCGCUUUAUUGACAUUACCUUCACGUUUGGGUUGGCAGAAGAAAUUGCUUAAUGACUUUUUUCUGAACGGAAAUCAUUGCGACAGUUUUCUAGUAUUAGUUCGUCAAUUAAACGAGAAAACCUUAAAUGAAGCACAAGUUGUUGAUCUUCUGGAAAAAUUUAUUAUACAUCCCAACAUGAAAGAUAUGAUUUUAGAGCAAUGCAUUAUUCAAGAAUACAAGAAAAAUAUAGUUCAUUUGUAUUUUCAUAAAUGGGAUGAAAUAAUUUCUUUUCUCGUCACCCUGCCUGAAAGAAUGACAAAAAGAUUUAAAAUUAAUAUAAGGAAGAACUUUCAAGUGGAUACAUAUAUAAGUCAUCUCAUUACAUCUUUUCUUUCGGUUUUACAUCAGCUUCAUAAAAGAUUGACUGAAGAGAAAGAUGUAAAUUUAGAAUUUCUUAGUAAACUUUUAGGAAAACUUUGUAUUUUAGGUUAUGCAAAUAAAACACUUGAUUAUUUGUAUGACAAUGUUGUAAAAGCUUUGAAGAAUGAUUUUAUUUGGAGAAGGAUAAUUCAACGUUUGAUCCUAGGUGUAUCAUCUAGAACUAUGGAAUCUGUGUUAAAAUCUUUACUACAGAGAUUAUCAUGGUAUGGCCAAGUUGAAUGGUUUUUAGGAAAUUCUAUAAAUUCUACUCAAAACAUUCAUUAUUUAUUGACUACAAAAUUUUUAAUUGUCAGCUAUUUUGAAAAAGAUAUUAUAAUUCAAAAUAUCAUUGGAUAUCUUGCACAAUCACCAGAACGAAGAAAAAUAUUUUAUAAGACAUUUAAUAAGCUGUUGGAUGUGUGGAGUGAUGGCAGUGCCCUAAAACAUCAAACAUAUCAACAACAAUUAUAUCUUACCAGAAUACUUAUGAUUUGCACAAGCUAUUUAAAAAUUCAUGGUUUAGAAGAUCAUAAACAAGAUUAUCUAAAUAAACUGAUGCAAGGAGUUCACAAUCAUAUUGCCAGUUCUCAAGCUUCAAUUCGUCUUCAUGGAAUGAUUAUUGGUGAAUCCAUUUCUCCAGUUAUAGAAUCUGAAGGACCUGAAUUAAAAUUUGAGUAUGAAGAAAGCGAUGAAGUCAAGUAUUUGAAAUCACUCUUAAUUAUUCCUGACUCAGUCAGCUGUCAAGAAGAGUCAGAAAAUAUGGAGGAAAAUUCAACAACUAAUAGCUUUACAGAUUUUGAGCAGGAAACAUCUGAACAUGUUAAAAGUUCUAAUGUGAAUGAAGAACUAGACAGUGAUGAUGAUUUAGAACCAUAUGAUCUUGAGGUUGGCGAAAAGCAAGAAAAAUAUCCUAUCUAUAUUCACGAAUGUCUGGAAGGUUUGAUGACUGACAAGAAACCAGAAUGGUCACAGACUUGCUUACAAUAUGCAGAAAAUUUGAUACGUCAAGUGCCCGAUAAUUUGGAAGAAGUUGCUAUUGAUUUCUGCAAAAUAUUGCUACAUCUAGAAGAUACUUUUGCAAGUCCCAACUUUGCCAAAUAUAGGAAUGCUGCUCUUGUUGCUCUCUGUGUUCAAUGUCCAUCAAUAAUAGCAAGUUUUUUAUCUGAGGAGUUUUAUAACAGAAAUUAUAAUAUUCGUCAAAGAUUAGACAUAUUACAAACAAUAUCUUCAGCAAGCAGAGAGUUGUCAGAAAUUAGAGAAGCUUCUGUAGAAAAGAGAGUUUAUUUCCCAGAAAUGCACAAAACUCAGAUGGAAGAGACAUGGAAAGACAUCAUUGAAAAAAGAAUUGCCAAAAAAACUAGAAUACUUAGCAAGGGAAGAAAAGAAGUAAAAGCAAAAGAGAAUAAAUUUUCUUCAGUUGCAGGCCACUUCUUUUUUCCUUUACUUGCACAGUUUGACAGAACUGAAAACACUUACAAUUUACUUGGAGAUGACAGCUUCCUUCUAGGCCAUUUAAUAUAUACAUUAGGCAUUGUCAUGAACUGUGCAAUAAAUACACCAAUAGCAUUUCAAAUGGGAAAAUGUUUCCUGGAAUUUAUUUGGGUGCUUAAGUAUCAUGGUGACAGAUUUGUUCAGAAAGCUUUACUGUUUGCAUUAUGUAUGGUCAUAACAACGGUUCCUUCUCACUUCCUGCUCUUAGAUCUGCAAAAUGAUAUGAUCGAGUGCCAACAAUGGUUACAAGAUAUUAUUUAUAAAGACGAUGACUUGGAUUUCAAGAAACUUGCCAGACAGGUUCUAGGAUUUUUGGUAACAAUUUAUAAAGAGGGUGAACUGUCAUGAAAAUCUGUAUCGUAAAUAAUGAUGUAGAAAGAUUCUUGUAAAUACAUUUAUUGGUCAUAAAAAUGUAUAAAUGAGUGACAUUUUCAUUACUUUGAUAUAAAUAAUCAUGUACAAUGGAAAAUUAGUAAUUAAAUACAGAAAAUUCCGACAUGCAUCGAUCGGUAAUGUCCACGCGCCAAAGCAGAUUCGCUUUCUCUUAAAAAAUGCAACGAAUGAUUGGUCCCCGUAACUGGUUCAUUCUUCUAGUUUUCGGGACAUAUAAAAAAAGCAACUUUUACGAGUACAAAGAAUUUUUUGAGCACGAAACGACAUCGAACUCCGACUUCCUCUGUCAGAGACCCAGAGAGCCCAGAGGCAGGCUCCGAUUACAAAGAUGAUAGUAACGGAGGUCAUUAAUGAAUCUGUGCAAGAUCUGAGUGAAAGUCGGCAAAUCCUGCAGGAAAACAAGGGAAUUGUAAUUUCUAGCGAUGCAAAACUGUUCAAAAGAAAGUGACAGACUCACCUUUUCGUAUUUGAAAUUUUGACCCAGUAUGGACUUCUGGCUAUUAUCUAACCCAGAGCAAUUUUCUAAAAAGUGUGGAAGAAACACUGUGUAAAAAUUUUCAAAAUUCACCGAAGCCAUGUUAUAGAUAGUGAUGCAGAUGUCGUCAUAGAGUAGUUCGUGCGAUUUAUAUAUAAGAGCUUGAAGCAACACGUUGAGGAACUGAUUUAUCAUUAGGUUCUUAAACAAGGUCUGCGAGGAAAUUUAUUUUUUCAAUAACAACAUUAAUAAAAUUCAAUAAAAUAAUCUAAAAGAUACCUUAUGAUAUAAUUUCCAUUUAUUAUUAAGAUUCUCCAAUGCCUGAAGAUUCUGUCGAAACAGCGUGAUAUCGUGCUGAAGGAAUGUUUGUCCGUAAGCCUUAAAAAAUAAACACAGUAAAUAUGGACUCUCUAGAUGAUAGGAAUCAAAUGAAAUCAAUCAAAAUUUUACCUCCAUUAUUUUAGUGAAGUAGUCAAUGUUCUCUAUGGUGUCGUUUCCAGGUCGACUCAAAUUGGAAACAAUGUCGCUCUUGAAGAAAAAUCUCCAGUUGUUAACUAGGAUUUGAUAUAACAAUUCAAAAAGAACCUGCUUGAUCUCAAAAGAUUGAGACUGCAAUGAAAAAUGGAAUAAAAUCAGAUAUUGAGGAACACUGUGGAGUUAAAAUAAUCUACUACUCACAUCAGCCACAAUGGGAUAUAUAUCGUUCAUGCAAAAAUUUAAAAUGCUAAUAAGGAAUGAUCUGAAACCAGGAACUGGAUCUUUAACAAUCUGUUGUAGAACUUCUAAGAAUCUAAAAAAAGUAUUUUGUCCAUUAAUUUGUUUUAUAUGUAUAUAAAAUUUGUACAAAUAGAAGUUUAAAAAUUACUUUUCUACAACGUGACACCCUGCACUCCCCUCUCUCAAAAUGCAAUCUGUCAGCUGGUCUCUGUGGGGUAUUAAUAUUUGAAACAAUUUGAUUGUUAUUCUAUUUGAAAGAGACCAAUUAAACUAUUUACCUCGUAAAUAAACUGAGAAAUUUCUGAAUGGUCUGUUCGACAAAAGCAAUUCCCAUUUGACUCUUAAAAACUUUCAAUGCCAUCAGAAAAAAAUCUAAAAUAUCUUCACCGACAUCUGUUACAAAUGAUAGUCGAUUAAUAUUUCAAAAAACAUCACUUAUUUUGUACACAAAAUGAAACUGACCUGGAAAGUUUAAAUAUAUUGGAACCAAAGAAACUGCAAUUUCUAUGUUUUCUUGAAGAGCUUUGAAGCACAAUUGCUUCGUCUUAGUUGUGGCUUCUAAGAAAUUCACAAUCAUGUCGUGAAGAAGAC